AUGCGCGAGCCCAAGACAGUCGCCGAAUCCUGCCAAGAGCUAAGCAAUCUGCUGGAGGAGAUAUCUGUCUCGAUGACGGCAUUCAUCAGGACGCACCGCGAGGCUCGCAUCGACCUCCGGGAGUUGCCUGGCGAGUUGACAAAACUCAAAACCAUCCUUGAGCUACUACAUGGUGACCUCGAGGCCGGCAUAGCAGUGGCUCCACAGCCCCUGGAGUUGGAGCUGGCCGGGUUGGUCAGCGAUCUCCAUCAUGUAAUCUUGAGAGCUCAAGGCCUCCUUGCGGGUGCAGGAGAGACGACGGAGCAACAGAUGUCAGAGUUGAAAGCGGUGCAUACAUUGAUUGCAGCGCAAGGAAGUGCGCUUGAAAUAACCCUGGAUCUCGUGUCAAUGCCACUUGUUGGAAAAGACAGCAAUGUAGCAAACAAAAUCAAAGGAUCCCACAAUGAUCUCCUAGGCAAGAUCUCAAAGCUGCGCACUCGCGCCAUUAGUUCAGGGGCUGUCAACACGGCAGAUGAAAAGUCAACCUCUGUGGUUUGCCAUUAUCUUGACGAGCUCGCCGCGUAUUUGAGGGCAAUCAACGAAGAGGUCAAUGGAGAAUCUAGUCAAAAUGCGUCGUCAAAGGCCAGCAAUCAAAACAACGGUCACUUGGUGAACGGGAUUGGCAUAUCCAGUGCUAGCAACAGUAACCCCCCGGACGAAGAGCACAUCACGAACCGCAGAUCAAGCUUUGAAUCAGACCUUUCAGAAGCGGACACACUGCAUCUAUCGUCGCAGACAAGACCGGCGUUGACAGGAACUCUAGCAGCAAACCCUGUUUAUUCAAAUUCGUCCCAAGGCGCCCUCCACUCGAGCACGCAACCAUCAGUACCACCACCAAACUACUCUUCUCUGACGCUCGUUGAACCCUCACAGCUCCGGGCUAGGGAAUCCCAUCGCACCCAGACUGGCACGGCCUUCUCACGUCCCAACCUAUCAAACUGGUCCAUCUCGGCCCCGCCCGCGAUCGAAUACUUCUCGCUAUCUCCCGACGAGAAGCUCAUCACGUAUGUCAUUCCGCACGGCGUAGGGCUGACCGGUCGCACCAUCCAGAUCAAAGAGGUGGAUACGGGCAGGACCGUGGCGACGCUGCCCAACGUGCCAGGAGAGAGGCUGGAGUCGUCCACCCAGCAACCUACCAGGGCGGACAUCAUCUCCGAAAGGCACAGUCUGUUUAUAGUCCAGCUGCCGGGCGGCCGACUGAGCCUGUGGCACUACGACGUGACGAAACGCGGAGUGUGCGGCAUGAUGGACAUGGCGGCCAAGACGAACCGGUGGAAAGCGUACACUACGCCGGGCGGGGAUGAGGCCACCGUCGUAUUGGAAAAGGCCGUGAGGGCCGAGGCCUACCGGCCAGAGCUGGUUCGAUACAAGAUUGUGUUCUCGCCGCUCUCGGUCAACAUGACGUACCGCGCCGCCUUCUCCCAGCGGACGAAACGGUUGGGAUUCGGCUUCGGCAGCGCCUCGCCCGACGACCUGGUGGUGGCAUACCACGGCGCAUCCUCCCACCAGCCCUGGAGCUCCUUCAAGCCCUUCUUAUACACGCAGACGCCGAGAAAUUUUGACCAGCGGCGGCUGACGCUCCUCGACGAGGACGCCCCCGAGCCGCUGCCCACCGACGGCUGGAACUCGUCUCUGAGGCGGUCGCUGCUGAACGAGCCGUGUCGGGUAGUCAGCUGCACGGAGCACGGGGGCCGGCUGGUGGUGGUGUGGAAGUCCGACCCCGUCAUCCUCGGAGUGCCGGCCGGCCAGCCGAGGUACGUGCUGGUCGUGCGGGAGGGGGACCGGUCCGGUGCGGUCGAGCUCGUGCCGCCGGGGAGACAGGCGCCCAACUGCGUGGUCGUCUCGCCGGACAACAGGCUCGUGGCGGUGAUGGGGUGCGGCAGGGUCGAGGUCUGCGAAAUUGUGGUCUCGGGGGUCAGUUCUGCAGCGACGGGUGCCAGAGCCCCCUUCACGGUCCGCAUGCGGCGGGCCUUGGUCUACGAGACGAUCCGUGCUGUCCAUGGCGUCUUCUUGGCCAGCUGCAAAGGACUGUAUACCAUGGAACAGACUGGCCACGGAAGGGGAGUCGUGGCGCCAUUUGCAGCCCGCUUCACAAACCUGGAUGCAGAUACAGGGGGGGUCGACUGA